AUAAAUAAUAAUGAUGCGUUUAAUAUAAACACCAAUGAUACGUUUAAUAUAAACACAAAUGAUGCGUUGAAUAUAAACACAAAUGAUGCGUUGAAUAUAAACACCAAUGAUACGUUUAAUAUAAACACAAAUGAUGCGUUUAGUAUAAACAACAAUGAUACGUUUAAUAUAAACACCAAUGAUGCUCUUAGUAUAAAUAAUUAUAAUUUAGACAUAAAAGAAGAGGAGAAAAAUGUACCCAUACCUUUACAUACAAACAAAAUAAAAAAACUAGAAGAAGAAAUUAAAAAACAAAAGUUGUUAAUAAAAAAAAAAGAAAUAGAAAUUAUUAAUUCUCCUAUAGGUAUUAAAUUUAAAGAUAUUUUUGGAAAAUUUCAAGAUAUAAACAAUUAA